AUGUCAACUACAAAUGUAGAAGAGAUAGUUAGUGGAACGACAGAUAUAUAUGCAUUUCUUGAAGUAUCUCCAGAUGCUACUGAAACAGAGAUAAAACGACAAUACAGACGUAAGGCAUUGGAAUAUCAUCCAGAUAAGAAUCCUAGCGAAGAAGCUGCAAUCAAAUUUAAUUUACUUUCACAGAUAUAUGAAAUCUUAACUAGUGAUUUACGUAAGGAGUAUGACAGAAUCCGUAAUAUUCGAUUGCACAAAGCUCAAGAAGCUUCCAAGUUAACCGAAGAAACUCGACGGUUUAAGGAGGAACUAGAACGAGCAGAAAGAGAACACAGAUUUAAUACCACUGGAGUUUUCGAUGCUAGUUCAAAGGAUUACAUACAACGAAAUCUUUUCGAGAAAAACCUUGAGAGGUUGAAGGAAGAUGGUCUUAAAAGAAGAAGGAAGCAGGAACAAGAGCUUUUGAAUAGUGAAAAUGAAAAGUCAAAUAUGGAAUCCACCAAAGAUGAUGCUAAAUAUGUUUCAUUCAGAGAUAUUAAUAUAGAUGGAGUGAAGCAAAUAUCUUUAAUGAACUCACAAAUACAACAAAAGCAGACGAAAUGCAUUGUUAAAUGGAAGCAUAAACCGGAAUUAAAGGGUCUAAUAACAGAAGAGGUAUUGGCAGAGAUCAUGUCAAUUUUUGGACCUAUUGUAGAGAGCAAGAUUUACCCUACAAAGAAGAAUGCUAGAUAUGAUACUGCUUUAAUAUCCUUUCAGACACUUGAGGGUGCUUCCAAUGCCACAAACCAUAAUUACAAACAAAGUGCUACUUUGUGGGAUGGUACUAGUGUGAGGAAAUUAUCGAGUUUACUUCGUGAUUGUCAAUAUUUGAAAGAACUGAUGGAAGAAGUUGUAACCCCAGAGGGGCAUCUAGACACAGAUAAAGUAUACAAGUUGUUGAAGAACACAGAUAAUAUAUAUCCCAAGACUCUCAUUAACAAUGUUCUUCAUUCAGAAUCAAAUUGUUAUCUUGAAAAAACUCUCAAGAACGUUGUCUACAAUGAUAUUCGAGGAGGGCAAUAG